CCCUCUCCCCCCCCCUUUCGAGAUUAUGUCUGCGAUUGUCGCUACGACUAUUUCGACCAGCCUGCCGAAUAAUCCAUCGCAUCGUAAUUCAUCGCCCAUGGAUGUGAAGAAAGCAGGUCUCGAGAGCGAAGACUCGCGGGCGCCGUCCUCGGAUGUCAAAGACUCGAAGCCUGAUGUAGAAUCCCAAACCUCGUUGGCACCUCCUCCGCGACCAGCCAUCACAAGUGCUACUGAUACCCCCGACUACUUCAACUCUGUCCAUAAUCCCUUCUCUCUGGAGCCCAACCCCUUUGAGCAGUCCUUCAGUGGCGGUGGUUCUGGCGAAACUCCAGGCAAAUCUAUACUUCCUCCUGUUGCAGCCCUCACCUCACCAGCCCUGCCAGGCACCACUUCAGCCGGUGGCGGCUACGGUUGGUCCAACUCGUUGCGCUCUGGGCCGCUGAGCCCAGCCAUGCUCGCCGGUCCGACUGGCCCCAAUGAUUACUUCGAUAGUAUCGGUCGGGGAUUCCCUACUCCCAACGAAUCCUCCCUUCGUACUGGCCUGACUCCUGGUGGAGGAGGCUCUAUGUUCCCUGCUCCUAGUCCCAACUCUCAGGCCCUCCUCCAACAGCUGCAAAGCGGUGGUGCGACGCCAUCUACCAUUGAGUUCCACCGUACUGCGCUGAAUGCGAAGAAGAACAGCCUUAAUGGUCCUACAUCUAAUCCGGCCGUUGAAUCCGAUCCCUCAUCACAGACUUCCACUAUGGAUAUGAAACCGAACCCGCCACCGGGAGCCGAUCCCUUUGGUCACCACGAUGCUGCGGACGCAGCCAAUGGACUGUUCAUGCUAGCCAAGGGUGGACAGGGUAACCCGAACCAAUUUCCUGUAGCCAACCAGACAUCGAUCCAGCCGCAGAAUAUCCAAUCCACUGAGCAGCCGCUGAACGCAGCCGCUGAUCGACGGAACUCGCAGAACAUCAAUGGCUUGGCCCAGGGCGGCCGGUCCUCAAGUGAUGCGUCUGACAUGCAGGGGGAACAAACGAAGCCUGCUGCUAAGGGUAAGGCUAAGAAGGCUACUGCCGCGAAAACUGGUGCUGCCACGAACAACAGACGCAAGGCCGAGGAUACUCCCAAGGGAGCCAACAAGAAGGCAAAAACGAGUAUCAGCGGUAGUACCGAACCUCCUUCGGAUGUUCCAGACUCAGAGGAGGACGAAGAUGAUAUGAAGAAGAAGGGCACGACAGACACGAAGAAAAUGACUGAUGAAGAAAAGAGAAAGAAUUUCCUGGAAAGGAACAGGGUCGCGGCUCUAAAAUGUCGUCAACGGAAGAAGCAGUGGCUGGCUAACCUUCAGGCUAAAGUUGAACUUUUCACCUCGGAGAAUGAUGCACUCACCGCCACUGUCACUCAGUUGCGGGAAGAGAUUGUCAACCUCAAGACUCUAUUGCUAGCGCACAAGGAUUGCCCAGUCUCGCAAGCUCAAGGUCUUGGCCCUCUAAUGAUGAACGGCAUGGCGACCGGAUUCGACGCCCAUCCGUAUAAUAUCCCAAGUCAGAUGGGCAUGCAAGGGCCGCCGAUUCCUGCCCAAGGGCUCCGACGAUAAUGAGCCGUGUACACGAUAAUUUACUGCUAUGAUUAGCUUUUGGACCAUACGGACCGCACUAAACUUUGCAGAGAGCAGAUGCCAUAUCGGUGCCAGUCCAGCAAGGCUUCUUUUUCAGGCUCUGUAUUGUUGGCUAUUUGUGUCCCAUGCUUCUCCUGUUAUAUUUUCCACAUUCUUCAUUCUCUUCUGCCUUUGCUUCUUAAAAGGGGUUUUCUUCGGGGUUACCGGGGGCUUUUUAUUUCAUGGGUUACGUUAGGAUUGCCAGGGAUUGCUGCCUUUUUUAGCGUGUCUUACUAGGGAACAAUGACAUGGAUGCUACUGCUAUUGAG